UUGACGUCCACACGGGUGCAGCACAGUCACAUAUAUAUGCAAAUACUAAACAAGCAAACUAUAAAAAUUAAAACGGUUUGCUAAAUUUAGUUUAAUAUAAUUAUUGCAAGAAUGGAGAGACCAUCCAAAACUAAAAGGCUCUUCUGGCUAAUGGCUCACCCAAAGGGGAAAGUGAAAUUAAGUGUUAAAAGUAAACUUGACUGCAAAGCUGGAAUUGGAACGUGGCUGAUUUUCGAGUCUAGGAAAAAUAUUGAUCAAGCCUGGGAGAAAAUUAAAGAUGCCACAGAAUCAGGACAUCUGACAGAUAUUGGGGCUAAAGUUUCUACCCGAAGGAAGAAACCGGUUGAAUUCAGUGGAGGGACCAAUGAUCACGUAAUUUGCGUUUAUACCAAGGACACCGAGGAUCACAAGGACGCCGUUCGAGAUGCCUUGUACAAUCUGGGAUUUGUCCGCUAUCUCCCGUACAAGACGGUCGCUGCCACAGACGCAGAUUCAAGUCUUCCACAUGCAUCAACCUCCAGGAAACGACCUCACCCAAGUCCCUCGUCCUCUGGAUCUAACUUAAAACGCAUUUCGCUCAUGGACCAACCUGAAUUUAUACCGGGAUAUUUGGCCCCUCAAAUUUGGCCUCCUUCGACCGGAGAUCCCAUUGAAUUUUACACCACAGACAACUCCAGAUACAGAUACGGCCAUGGGCAAAAAUACAUCCACGUGCAGCAAAUGUAUCCGACUCCGGGUGAUCACACGCCCGAUGUAUUGUUUCCCAUUGAACAAAUUGGUCAAGUGUGUCAAGCUUUUUACACGUUAUGCAACACGAUCCCCACACCGGAAGGGUCUGACGAUAAGAUAGUCGUCUUGGACGAGGGUUACUUAACUGUUAAAAUUUGGGGGGAACGUGUCUCCCAAUUCGAUGGGAAAUUUGCCAUCGUGAUGCAACACAAGAGGACCAAGAAGAAAGUCCAGUUUCUCCAGUCGCCUUGAAUGUAUUGUUACAAUCGAUUGGAAUGGUUUCGAAUAAGGUCGGUCGUGGGGGAAAGAGACGUCUUCUCGUCGGAAGAGGACCCCACUUCUGAGGAAGAUGAGGAAGAAGAUGAUGAUGCCAGUGGGGACGAGGGGGUCAAGAUUCGGAAAUUAGCGAUGAUACUGGAGACACUGGUACGGUCGAGGGGGAGGAGUACGUCUACGUAAUAUGUCUGCAGAUGAUGACUCUGAUUAAGCAAUAAAUAUCUGGUUAUUAAUUAUGCAAUUAUGAAAAAUUUUUCGCUGUGAAACCUUCACAUGAUAAUAAAUUUUAUCGGUUUUUUUUAAA